AUGCUGGGGUUUGAUGGAGCAUUGGACGCACCGGGGUCUGCAAGGUUUGGUCAGGGCUCUAGUCGUAUUCUUCUCGAUAGGGUCAACUGUGAUGGUACAGAAGACAACCUUGCAGAAUGUGGUUAUUCAGUGAAUGCACUUUACUCAUGCAGUCAUACAAGUGAUGCAGGUGCCAUGUGUUACUCAGGAGUCCAUCCGAACCCAUUUAAAGUUCGUCUUGUCGGUGGGUCCAACGAUGCUGAAGGGAGAGUAGAACUUUUGCACGGUGGAUCCUGGGGAACUAUCUGUGAUGACAGCUGGGAUCUGAGAGACGCGAGGGUGGUUUGUAGAAUGCUGGGGUUUGGUGGAGCCUUGGACGCACCGGGAUCUGCUAGGUUUGGUCAGGGCGCUGGUCGUAUUAUUCUAGAUGUCGUCGGAUGUGACGGAACAGAAGAAAACGUAGCAGAAUGUAUUCACCGAGGGAUUGGAGUACAUUACUGUGGACAUGAUGAAGAUGCGGGCGCUAUUUGUUACAAUGGAGCCCAUCCAAAUCCUUUCGGAAUAAGGCUGGUCGAUGGAUCCAGCAAAGCUGCAGGAAGAGUGGAGGUCUUCUACGAUGGAUCCUGGGGAACUAUCUGUGAUAAUGGCUGGGAUCUGAGAGACGCGAGGGUCGUCUGCAGAAUGCUGGGGUUUGAGGGAGCCUUGGACGCACCGACAUCUGCAAGGUUUGGUCAGGGAUCUGGGGAUAUACUUCUCAAUCUUGUUGGUUGUGACGGAACGGAGGCAAAUCUUGCGGACUGUGCACAUCUUGGGUUAGGUGUCAAUUUCUGCGGACAUGAAGAGGAUGCUGGUGCCAUCUGUUACUCGGGAGGUAUGUUACGGCUCGUGGGUGGAUCCAACAGUUCUGAAGGCAGAGUGGAGAUCAGAUACAACGGCACCUGGGGAACAGUUUGCGACGAUGGCUGGGAUUUGCAAGAUGCAAAUGUCGUAUGCAGAAUGCUAGGAUUCGGAAACGCCUCGACUGCACCAGGUUCAGCCCAGUUUGGCGAGGGGUCCGAUGACAUUCUCCUGUCUCAUGUCGGGUGCGAUGGAACGGAAGACAAUCUUGCGGACUGCGCACAUCUAGGAUUUGGAGUGAACAACUGUCAACAUAACGAAGACGCCGGGGUCACGUGUCUCAUAGGAGAUAUGGCUGCCUAUUCCCAUUUAGUCGCGCCUGAUGUUACGACACCUACAACUGACGAUCCGAUGACAGCUGCUGACGACAUUACAGUAGCAUCGUCAACCCAUCCGAAUCCACUCCAAGUUCGUCUUGUCGGUGGGUCUAACGAUGCCGAAGGAAGAGUAGAGAUCAUGCACGAUGGAUCCUGGGGAACUAUAUGUGAUGACAGUUGGGAUCUAAGAGACGCGAGGGUGGUUUGUAGAAUGCUGGGGUUUGAUGGAGCUUUGGAAGCACCGGUAUCUGCUAGGUUUGGUCAGGGCUCUGGUCGUAUUCUUCUAGCUAAUGCCGGGUGUGAGGGAACAGAAGGCAACCUUGCAGACUGUGCUCAUAUUGCAGGAAAUAAAGGUGUCUCUUGCAGCAAAGGAAAAGAUGGAUACUAUACAUGUUUAAGUUUCGAUUGCAGUCAUACAAGGGAUGCAGGUGUCAUUUGUUAUUCCGGAGCCCAUCCGAAUCCAUUUCAAGUUCAUCUUGUCGGUGGGUCUAACGAUGCUAAAGGCAGAGUAGAGGUACUGUACGAUGGAUCCUGGGGAACCAUCUGUGAUAACAGCUGGGAUCUGAGAGACGCUAGGGUGGUUUGUAGAAUGCUGGGGUUUGAUGGAGUCUUGGACGCAUCAAGAUCUGCUAGGUUUGGUCAGGGCUCUGGUCCUGUUUUUCUAGCUUAUGUCGGGUGUGAGGGAACAGAAGGUAACCUUGCAGACUGCGCUCAUGGAGAGAUUGAAUAUUACCACUGCAGUCAUACAAAGGAUGCGGGCGCUGUUUGUUAUUCGGGAGCCCAUCCGAAUCCAUUUCAAGUUCAUCUUGUUGGUGGAUCUAAUGAUGCUGAAGGCAGAGUAGAGGUACUGCACGAUGGAUCAUGGGGAACUAUCUGUGAUGACAGCUGGGAUCUGAGAGACGCGAGGGUGGUUUGCAGAAUGAUGGGGUUUGAUGGAGCCUUGGAAGCACCGGUAUCUGCUAGGUUUGGUCAGGGCUCUGGUCGUAUUCUUCUAGUUCAUGUCGAGUGUGAAGGAACAGAAGGCAACCUGGCAGACUCCCAUCCGAAUCCAUUUCAAGUUCGUCUAUUCGGUGGAUCUAAUGACGCUGAAGGCACAGUAGAGGUCAUGCAUGAUGGAUCAUGGGGAACUAUUUGUGAUUAUUCAUGGGACCUGAGAGACGCCAGGGUAGUUUGCAGAAUGCUUGGGUUUGAUGGAUCUUUGGACGCACCGAUAUCUGCUAGGUUUGGUCAGGGCUCUAGUCGGAUUCUUCUAUUAUAUGUCGAGUGUGAGGGAACAGAAGACAACCUAGCUGACUGUGCUCAUGAAGGGGUUGAACGUUGCUCAUGCAGCCAUACAAGGGAUGCAGGAGCCGUUUGCUACUCAGGAAGAAGAGUGGAGUUCUUGUAUAGUGAAUCCUGGCGCACUGUCUGUGGUGCCUCGUGGGAUCUAAGAGAUGUAAGAGUGGUUUGCAGAAUACUGGGGUUCGACGGUGCCCUGGCUGCGUCACGAUCAGCGAGGUUUGGUCAGGGAUCUGGUGAUGUUCUUCGUGUCGAUUGCUGGGGAACAGAAGACAGCCUGGCCGACUGUCCAUACUUUGGGGCCAGCAUUCCCUGCGGACAUCACAUGGAUGCAGGUGCCGUAUGUUAUUUAGGAGUCCAUCCGAACCCAUUUAAAGUUCGUCUUGUCGGUGGGUCCAACGAUGCUGAAGGGAGAGUAGAACUUUUGCACGGUGGAUCCUGGGGAACUAUCUGUGAUGACAGCUGGGAUCUGAGAGACGCGAGGGUGGUUUGUAGAAUGCUGGGGUUUGGUGGAGCCUUGGACGCACCGGGAUCUGCUAGGUUUGGUCAGGGCGCUGGUCGUAUUAUUCUAGAUGUCAUCGGAUGUGACGGAACAGAAGAAAACGUAGCAGAAUGUAUUCACCGAGGGAUUGGAGUACAUUACUGUGGACAUGAUGAAGAUGCGGGCGCUAUUUGUUACAAUGGAGCCCAUCCAAAUCCUUUCGGAAUAAGGCUGGUCGAUGGAUCCAGCAAAGCUGAAGGAAGAGUGGAGGUCUUCUACGAUGGAUCCUGGGGAACUAUCUGUGAUAAUGGCUGGGAUCUGAGAGACGCGAGGGUCGUCUGCAGAAUGCUGGGGUUUGAGGGAGCCUUGGACGCACCGACAUCUGCAAGGUUUGGUCAGGGAUCUGGGGAUAUACUUCUCAAUCUUGUUGGUUGUGACGGAACGGAGGCAAAUCUUGCGGACUGUGCACAUCUUGGGUUAGGUGUCAAUUUCUGCGGACAUGAAGAGGAUGCUGGUGCCAUCUGUUACUCGGGAGCCUAUCCAAACUCUGUUGGAGUACGGCUCGUGGGUGGAUCCAACAGUUCUGAAGGCAGAGUGGAGAUCAGAUACAACGGCACCUGGGGAACAGUUUGCGACGAUGGCUGGGAUUUGCAAGAUGCAAAUGUCGUAUGCAGAAUGCUAGGAUUCGGAAACGCCUCGACUGCACCAGGUUCAGCCCAGUUUGGCGAGGGGUCCGAUGACAUUCUCCUGUCUCAUGUCGGGUGCGAUGGAACGGAAGACAAUCUUGCGGACUGCGCACAUCUAGGAUUUGGAGUGAACAACUGUCAACAUAACGAAGACGCCGGGGUCACGUGUCUCAUGGGAGAUAUGGCUGCCUAUUCCCAUUUAGUCGCGCCUGAUGUUACGACACCUACAACUGACGAUCCGAUGACAGCUGCUGACGACAUUACAGUAGCAUCGUCAAGAAGAGUGGAGGUCUUGUACGGUGGAUCGUGGAUGACCGUUUGUGGUGAUGAAUUCUGGAAUCUGUUAAACGCAAGGGUAUUAUGUAGAAUGCUGGGGUUCGAAGGUGCCCUGGCCGCACCACGAUCGGCUAGGUUUGGUCAGGGUUCUGGUGAUAUUCUUCGUGUCAUUUGCAGGGGAACAGAAGACAGGCUGCAAGACUGUUCACGUGUAAGGCUUUACUCUUCCUGUGAGCAUCGCUGGGAUGCAGGCGCCAUGUGUUACUCAGGAGCCCAUCCGAAUCCACUUCAAAUUCGUCUUGUCGGUGGGUCUAACGAUGCCGAAGGAAGAGUAGAGAUCAUGCACGAUGGAUCCUGGGGAACUAUCUGUGAUGUUGGCUGGGAUCUCAGAGACGCGAGGGUGGUCUGCAGAAUGCAGGGGUUUGAUGGAGCCAUGGACGCAACAGGAUAUGCAAGGUUCGGUCAGGGCUCUGGUCGUAUUCUUCUAGCUAAUGCCAGGUGUGAGGGAACAGAAGGCAACCUUGCAGACUGUGCUCAUAAUGCAGGGAAUAGAGUUGUCUCUUGCAGCAAUACCAGAUGUAUAAGUUACGUUUGCAGUCAUAACAGGGUUGCAGGUGUCAUUUGUUAUUCCGGAGGCGAGGUUAAAGUCACAGCCAACCGCCUAUCUAACGAUACAAUAUCAAAGGGCGACGACUUUACACUACCUUGUCAGGUUAAUCUCGCUGGGAUAGACCUGGAUGAGGUUGCCUGGUACAGAGAUAGUGACAAACUCUCGGGUACAACUGAUGUGGAAUACAGGGUAGACAGCAACCUAGCUGACAUGGGGAUGUACUACAUCACCAUUCGGGGAGCCAGUGCAGAAGAUACAGGGGCGUACCGCUGCACUGCUGUGACAAAAGGAGAACGGUUUAGUUCAUCGAGCGAAGACAUUUUAGUUGAUGUAGUUGUUCUUGGUAAAAUUGACCAUGACCUCAGCAGAUCUAAGGAUUAUGUCCAACUAAACGGAACGGCAAGUCUCAACUGUACCGUGUUCUCGAGCAGUGAAGCAAGCAUAGCAUGGGAGCGGAAUGAGGUGAGACUGGUGGAUGGUAUGAACAGGACUAGCAUUGAACCAAGCCAAGAAAUUGGAACAGGAGGGACGUAUUUCUUCAACGUGCUCAAGAUAUCUGGCAUUACCCGAGAAGAUGAUGGAAUUUAUAGGUGCUUGGCUUUUGACGGAGCUGGGAUAAUGACCGACAGCGAGAAUGUUAACAUCUUUGUCCAAGAACGCUUGUCAGCUGUUGUGUCAUCUCGGAAACAAAAAUCGCAUGUUGCCUGGACAGUGAGUGAAAAUACGGCAGGUGAGCAGGAGCACAUCAGGGGAGACAGUGGACAAAAUGCAUCCCAUGAAUACAUGGACAUGAAACCUAUCCGUGAAAGACCUCGUAGUUCUAAAGAUGAAGACAUUGAUGGUUAUCUUUUACCAACUGGUACAACUCCGGAACCAAGAGUAUACAUGGAAAUAGGAACCACAACUGAAGAUGAAAUAAAGACGAUUAUCCUGACUGUAAUCUCAACACAUCAAGCUAGAGUUCCGACAAAUGCUAAAAUGGCAGUAACUGCCAUCCCACUUGGUGAUGACAAACACAAAGUGGCAAGGUCAUCGUCAGAUACGGAAUACGAUAUUAUUCCUGAUUACACCAACAUCACAACUGCUUAA